AUGGUACUGGGUGGUGGCCGUGAAGAUGGGCAUUACCAGCUUGGAUUCCUUAGCACCACCACGGCUCAGCCAGAACAGAAGGCCCUGGGUCUCAUUGGCACAUACCGCCAUGUUGACCGUGCCACCGGCCAGGUGCUAACCUGUGACAAGUGUCCGGCAGGAACCUAUGUCUCUGAGCAUUGUACCAACACAAGCCUGCGUGUCUGCAGCAGUUGCCCUGCGGGGACCUUUACCAGGCAUGAGAAUGGCAUAGAGAAAUGUCAUGACUGUAGUCAGCCGUGCCCACGGCCAAUGGUUGAGAAAUUACCUUGUGCUGCCUUGACUGACCGAGAAUGCACUUGCCCAGCUGGCAUGUUCCAGUUUAAUGCUACCUGCGCCCCCCAUACGGUGUGUCCUGUGGGUUGGGGUGUGCGGAAGAAAGGGACAGAGACCGAGGAUGUGCGGUGUAAGCAGUGUGCUCGGGGUACCUUCUCUGAUGUGCCUUCUAGUGUGCUGAAAUGCAAAGCAUACACAGACUGUCUAAGUCAGAACGUGGUGGUGAUCAAGCCCGGGACCAAGGAGACAGACAACGUCUGUGGCACACUCCUGUCCUUCUCCAGCACGACCCCACCUUCCCCUGGCACAGCCAUCUUUUCACGUCCUGAGCACAUGGAAUCCUAUGAAGUCCCUUCCUCCACUUAUGUUCCCAAAGGCAUGAACUCAACAGAAUCCAACUCUUCUGCCUCUGUUAGACCAAAGGUACCAAGUGGCAUCCAGGAAGGGACAGUCUCUGACAACACAAGCUCAGUAAGGGGGGAGGAAGAUGUGAACAAGACCCUCCCAAACCUUCAGGUUGUCAACCACCAGCAAGGCUCCCACCACAGACACAUCCUGAAGCUGCUGCCAUCCAUGGAGGCCACUGGGGGUGAGAAGUCCAGCACGCCCAUCAAGGGCCCCAAGAGGGGCCAUCCCAGACAGAACCUACACAAGCAUUUUGAUAUCAAUGAGCACUUGCCUUGGAUGAUUGUGCUUUUCCUGCUGCUGGUACUUGUGGUGAUAGUUGUGUGCAGUAUCCGGAAAAGCUCAAGGACUCUGAAAAAGGGGCCUCGACAGGAUCCCAGUGCCAUUGUGGAAAAGGCGGGGCUGAAGAAGUCCACAACUCCAACCCAGAACCGGGAGAAGUGGAUCUACUACUGCAAUGGUCAUGGUAUUGACAUCCUGAAGCUUGUAGCAGCCCAAGUGGGAAGCCAGUGGAAGGAUAUCUAUCAGUUUCUGUGCAAUGCCAGCGAGAGGGAGGUGGCUGCCUUCUCCAAUGGGUACACGGCGGACCAUGAGCGGGCCUACGCAGCCCUGCAGCACUGGACCAUCCGGGGCCCCGAGGCCAGCCUUGCCCAGCUAAUUAGUGCCCUGCGCCAGCACCGGCGCAAUGAUGUUGUGGAGAAGAUUCGUGGACUGAUGGAAGAUACCACCCAGCUGGAAACUGACAAACUGGCUCUCCCAAUGAGCCCCAGCCCACUUAGCCCAAGCCCCAUCCCCAGCCCCAACACGAAACUUGAGAGUUCCACUCUCCUGACGGUGGAGCCUUCCCCCCUGGAUAAGAACAAGGGCUUCUUUGUGGACGAGUCCGAACCCCUUCUUCGCUGUGACUCAACAUCCAGCGGCUCCUCUGCGCUGAGCAGGACCGGCUCCUUUAUUACCAAAGAAAAGAAGGACACAGUGUUGCGGCAGGUACGCCUGGACCCCUGUGACUUGCAGCCUAUCUUUGAUGACAUGCUCCACAUUCUGAAUCCUGAGGAGCUGCGAGUUAUUGAAGAGAUUCCCCAGGCUGAGGACAAACUGGACCGGCUAUUUGAGAUUAUUGGCGUCAAGAGCCAGGAAGCCAGCCAGACCCUCCUGGACUCUGUUUAUAGCCAUCUUCCUGACCUGUUGUAGAACAUAGGGGUAUUGCAUUCUGAAAGUUACUCAAUUACUCAAUUUAGUGGCAGGGUGGCUUUUUGUUUUGUUUCUGAUUUUUGUUUUUUGGGGUGUGUGUGUGUUUAACAGAGUAUAUGGCCAGUGUUUGAGUUCUUUCUUUUUCUUUUUUUUUCUUUUAACCCUUCUGGUAAGUUAGUUUAUAAGCCUCUCCAAGUGUAACUGUAUCAAAAUAUGCACCACUAAAGUUUCUUAAGUUCCAUAGUUUCUCCGUUUUGCCUUCUUAUGUAUUUUCAAAAUUGUUCUGUGCACUUUAAAGUCAUUUAACUUACCGUAAGUGCAGUGUGACUUUUCCUACACACUGAUUGUGAGGCUCUUAACUUCUUAAAAGUGUAAUGGAAUCCUGUGAAUCCUAUAAACAGUCUUCAUGUCUCUCAACAUCCACACCUACUUUUUAAAAAAAGAUUAUUGUUACUAUUUUUAUUAUUGUUUGUCCUUUACAGAUUUUCUUAAAGAUUAAGGAAAUUUAAGACUCCACUGAGUUACUGUAAUGAAAUUAGACUUUCAGUUAUCUUUUUAAUAUGUCUUCUUGUACAAUUCAUAUUCAUGGCUGAAACUUGACCACACUGUUGCUGAUUGUAUGGUUUUCACCUGGACACCGUGUAGAAUGCUGAAU